CUGCGACCUCCCUCCAUUGGAAAAGAUCUUGCCCGAAAAAGAAAAGAAGGUAGAUCCUGGGACGUAGUAACGGAAACAAAACAUUCAAAAACACAUUUAUGAUCACGUCAUUCAGCAAGAGCACUCAACAUCGCUCUCUAUGGCACGUUUGAACGGGCAAGCCAGAAGACCACAAUUACAAAUAAGAAGGUCCUAGCUAGAAAUUUGGGAGUGGGAUUGCAUUGGUGUGUUAGCUAGGUUGCUAGCAUUAUAGCUAAAAAGCAAGGGUAAACUUCAGUAGCCAGUUUGCUAAUAUCAGCUGCUACGAGCAGGACUGUACAUCUACCUCCUUCGUUAUUUUUCUUUAACAAAUGGGAUCCGUUUAUUACUUCGUGGACGCCGAAACUGCCGAGUUGGACGCUACAAGUAAAAUUAUACGAUUACUGUUUUGACCUGUUAUUAGCAUAACAGUUUAACGGUAUUUAUUAUCAAGUAGCCAGCUAGCUAAUUGCUAUCGGUUUUUAACACGGGCCAUAGACUGAUCAUUGGAGAUCGUUGCAGAAAGGUAGCUAGCUAGCUUCAUAGCUGGCUAUCCAUACCCGGCAACUACUAGCUAAAUGCAAAGGAAAUUGGAAACUUUUAGCUAGCUAGCUAGCUAAACACAACCCGAAAAAACUUAACUCAGACCAUCUGAUUAUCUAAAUAAAUGGAAAUGCAAACGUUGCGUAGAUCAUGCAUUGGAUCGUAAAACCAUUGUUCCAGAUUGGAUGAGGAGCUGCGAAGAUAACAGGAUUGCCCCCUUUGGUAUUAUUGAAUUUCGAAGUAUUCCCAUUUUAACGUGAACGGAGGAUAAACACGCCGAGGAAAAUGUCUGGCGCUAAAGAGAAUUCUUGUAGAAAAUUCCAAGCGAACAUUUUCAAUAAAAGCAAAUGCCAAAACUGCUUUAAACCGCGGGAGCUGCAUCUAUUGACGGACCAAGAUCUGAACCAGGCCAAGCCCAUUUAUGGAGGCUGGCUGUGUUUGGCCCCCGAGGGAACGGAUUUUGACAAUCCAAUGCAGCGAUCCAGGAAAUGGCAACGGCGAUUCUUUGUCCUGUAUGAACACGGCUGCUUGCGCUUCGCUUUGGAUGAAUCGCCAAGCACUUUGCCGCAAGGAACAGUAAACAUGAACCAGUGCGUAGACGUCAUCGACGCGGAACCCAGGACUGGGCAGAAGAACGCGCUGUGCAUCAUCACGCCUGAGCAGGAGUACUUCAUCCGCGGUGAAAACAAAGAGAUCAUCAACGGAUGGAGUGAACAGCUGGUGGUAUACCCUCGGACCAACAAGCAGAACCAGAAGAAGAAGCGCAAGGUUGAACCCACCACUUCCCAGGAGCCGGGCCCGGCCAAGGUAGCUGUGACCGGCUCUGGAAUCCCUGAAGCAGAGAAGGUUCCAGAUUCCCGCUCGAUCAUAUGGCAGGAAGAGCUUCAGAGCAGGGAGGCAGAUGUGGCACAGGUGUGGCCUUCAGCUGACAUCCCUGCCCUCGGCUCACCACUGCCCCCCACAGCGGAAGCGGCGUGUGCGGACCUGAACUCUGACCAGGGCUCGGUGAACGGUGACGAGCUGGACCGCGCCGGGCUCCCGCUCCCCGGCCCUGCCCCGCUGCCCGCCCUGGACAUCCUGUCUCCCACGGGCAGCACGUCCAGCAGGCUGAGCGGGGAGCUGGGGGGCGUCCCGCGCUGCCUCUCCCCAGCGCCCAGCGACCCCUUCCCCUCGGGCAGCAGCCUGCUGUCCAACGGCUCCCACAUCAGCGGCUCCAUGAGCUCCCUGGACUCGGACGCCAGCGGCAGCACCGUCGCCAGCACCGACAGCCACCGCGCACCCGGCCUCCACGACGCCACGCGCGCCCGCCGACACGAGGCCGAGGCCCGCAAGGCCGAGAAACGCAGCCGCGUGCGCAGCCCCGAGAGGCUCUUCAGCCCCGAGAGGAGUCGCUCCAACGUGAUCGAGAAGCUGGAGGCCCUGGAGCUGGAGAACGAGAGGAUGGAGGUGGAGGAGGCAGGCCGGGGCGGGGCGCGGCAGGGCCGCAGCGCGACACGGCGGUUCCAGAGAGAGGAGCAGAGGACUGAUCCGGCACAAAGUUUAGAUUUUCACCAUUCCACCCUUCCUCCCCUGAGAAGAGCCAAGUCACUGGACAGAAGGACCACGGAAUCUGUCAUGACACCAGACUUGCUGAACUUCAAGAAAGGCUGGAUGGUGAAAUUGGAUGAACAGGGGCAGUGGAAGAAAUACUGGUUUGUGCUGACGGACCACAGUCUGCGAUACUACAAGGAUUCCAUUGCAGAGGAGGCCUCUGACCUAGAUGGGGAGAUAGACCUGACUACCUGUUACAAUGUUACUGAAUACCAGGUCCAGAGGAACUAUGGCUUCCAGAUACAUACCCAGGAGGCGGUGUACACACUGUCUGCCAUGACUGGUGGUAUAAGGCGGAACUGGAUACAGGCGGUGAUGAAGAACGUGCGUCCCUCCACUGCACCAGAUGUGGCCAGCCUGGCGGACGAUCACGGGCCUUGCGGGCCCCUGGAAAGCCUGCUGAAGCCUGACGUGACGCAGGACUCUCCCUCCUCCGAAACCUCGUCCGUGGAGAGGGAGCCGGGGCCCAAGAAGAGCCGGGCCAGAGAACGGCGGCGCGAGGGCCGCUCCAAGACCUUCGACUGGGCCGAGUUUCGCCCCAUAGCCCAGGCCCUGGCCCAGCAGCGGGCCCAAGAAGCCGACACCCUCCAGGCUGAGCUUGCAGACCUGGAGCGCAGCAAAAGGCGCGAGGAGCGCCGGAAGAGGUAUGAAUCUGUGACAGGCCCGCCACUGGACACCGCCGUAGACAGUGGCAAGAUGGACGUCGAGAGCAGUGGUAUCAGUCAGCCCCAGACCCCCUCCCCAGAGCGACAGCAGAGGGUGCAGGACGAGAUCGAGCAGCACUGGCAGCAGGUGGAGAGCACGCCCAUCCGGGAUGAACGGCAGGUGCCCUUGUCUUCAGCUCUGCAGAGCACUGAGACAGACGAGCUGGAGAAGCUGCUAGAAAGUUACAAGAAAGGGGUAGAAGAGCUGAAACUGCAACUUGAGAGUUGUCACCACCAGUUAUCGGAUUCCAACCACCAAAAGCUGGAGCUGGAGAACCAGCUGAGAACAGCACUGGAGCGUGAGCAGCAGGUCCGGUCUGGCUACAUCUCACCGCUGGAAUCCCCUUUGGGUCUUGAGGCUGAACUUGAGUCCCAGAAGAAGAUACAAGAGCUGGUUAGUUCUCAGGCUCAGAACCUAAAAAAGAAGUACCAGGAAACCAAAGAGCUCCUUCAACAACAAGAAUUGAAAAAGCGCAGCAUGCAGGCACAGCUUGGCCUUUCUGUAUUACCACUGUCCACCAAGGAACCCUAUCUAACCAAAGUCCAAAGCUCAGCCAUCUCCGAAACCCAGCCAUCUGAUCCAAUUCACACAAAAACAUUUAGCAUUUUGCUGCAGGAUAGGGAAGGCAAGCUUCAGGAGCUUGAGAAAUUGAUUUCUGGAAGUCCAAUAACUGUGAGAGGGUUAGUGAAAUUGCUGGGCUCCCACAGUGAGUUCUCCCAGGAGGAUCGUAUUCACACUGUGGAAGGGCACGAGCUAGGCAACCUUGGGGACAGGACCUGUUGUCAAAAGGUGUUUGAUAGCCUGAAAUAUCAUCAAGAUUUAGAGAUUGAGGCCCUCAGGAGGAGCCUGUCCAAGGCUGGUGAGAGCAUUCGUGACUAUGAAGUGCGAUUGCUGCAUAUGGAGGGAAUGCUGGGAAGGGCACAGCGACAAAAAAUGGAAAGUCUAAAGGGCCGCUAUGGGCCGCCAUAUCAAAUUGAGGAUUAUGCUGAAGCAAAUGAGUUUAGGAGGCUCUCACAACAGGUGGAGUUGCUCACCAAUGAGAAUAAGGUGCUGAAUCAACGAUCCCAGGAGAUCUUAAACCAACUGACUGAGGCUGAUCGAGAGAUAGAGAGGUUGAAGGCUGAGCUCUUCAACCAGCAGGGUGGACAGCAACACAUUCUAGUGGUGGAGGAACUGAAUCAAGUCAAAGCAAAACUGGCAGAGAGGGAAGCAGAUUCUUUUGACAGAGAAAUUUGUGAGAGAGAGUUAAAUAAGAAGUCUCAAAAGCUGCAGGAGGCUCUCAUCAGAAUCGAGGUUCUGAGCACCAAUCUGAAGGACACCGAGAAGAAGCUGCACUUAAAGGAAGCCACUCUGAAGGGUUUAGGCUUCCAGGUGACAGAAGACAAUGACAGUCUUUUGCUUCUGGAGGAGAAGGAAGAGCUGUGCCAUCGGCUGCAAGCCACAGAGGCCCGACUGGUUGAACAGGAGAGGCAGCUGUGCUCUGCUGUGAAGUCGUACACAGAGCUCCAGGCCCAGAAUGCAGAGCUCAAAGCGAACAACCAAAAACUGGAAAGCAUCUAUUGCCAGAGGCUUGCUGAGGCACAGAGUAAAAUUAGCAUGAUGCAAGAGAACAUUGAGGGAUUUAGGAAGUCAGAGCAAGGGGAAGGAGAAGUACACGGAUGUAAGGAGCAGGCGCGUGGUUCUGAAAGACCUGUUUCAGACGAGAAAGGUAUUCAGCAAGUAGUAGAAGACAUGAAAAUGAAGUCAGAGGCUCUCCGUGAAGUUUGUGAGGUGAUAGCGAAGGUAGAUAUUAAUGUAGAACCAAUGUUUAAGGAGUGGAAAACCCUCCUGCAUUCUGAAGGAGAGAAUGUGGAAGUGAAUCAGGAAGUGAGGAGCAAAUUGCUUCUCGAAGGAGAGUUUUGGGCACAAUUGUUGAGUGCGGUCAAGGGUAGUGCGGUGGAGUUGAAUGAAAGUGAGGCUGUAGGUAGCCUUGUACACGAUGUGGUACAGCGCAUGAUGGUUGAGAAGAGGAUGUUACUUUUAGCAAAUACUCUCUUUCCCCAAGAAAAGAUGGGGAUACAUGUGGGUGACAAAGGAAUAUGUGACAAAGUAGAAGGGAUAGUCCAUGUAUACAGUCCUAGUGAUGGCCUGAAAACAACUGAAAAUGUUGAAGGUGAAGUUAGCACCCAUGUUAAUACAGAGAAAAGAGUUUUAUAUGCAAGUGAUUGGCUUGGUAAUGAUAUCAAUGCUGCCAUCUGGAAAGAUCUCCUGGAGACCCUACAAGAGAAAAUUUUCUUGUUGAAUCAAACUGCCUCCAUUAUGCAUGCCUCCUCAGACACAGAGCUCCACUCUUUGGUGCUAAAACUGUGUGAUUCUCAGAACCAGAAGAAAGAUUGGGUUGCAUAUAUUCAGGAGGCAUCAAUGGAAGCCCAUUCAUCAUAUCUGAUGAGCAGGCUAGAUGUUGCACACAAGAAGGAGGUUGAUGAAUUGCAGCUGAGACUUGAGUCUUUGGAAACUGGCUGCAUAAAUUGUGCCAAAUGGAAGAGGCAGAAUGAAGAGCUUCAAAGCAAAUUGGAGACUAAGCAGAGGGUCGGGGCAGACCUCCAAAGCCCAAUGACAUGGGAAGACAAGCCAGUGAUGCACAUCCAGAUUGAGGGAGAGCCGAUUGACUCACUGGAUAAGGCCAUCCAGCUGCAAGAUAUGGUGGCAAAGCAUAAGAAAGAGCUGCGGGAGGUGAAGGAUGUCUAUGAGCUGGAGGCAAACAAGCUGAGACAAGAGCUGGACAGGACAGGAGAGACCCUCAGACUGAGGUCAGAAGAAAAUGUCAAGGAGAUCGACUCCCUGACCAUCUGCAUGGAGAACAUGAAGAGAAAGCAUGAGGUGGAGAGAAGCACCCUGGAGGACAGCUUUGAGAAGAAGAUGGAGGAGGUCAGGAACACAGCUGAGGCCCCGUGUGCCGCUUCCUCGCUGAAGGAACGCAUAAAGGAGCUGGAGUCCCAGGUUUCUGUCAUGACGGAGGACAUGAAGCAGCGUGGACGUGAAGAUGAUGCGGCCACUCUCCGCCUGAAAUACGAGAAAGACCUUGAAAACCUGAAGGCCACGUGCGAGCGAGGCUUCACGGCCAUGGAGGAGUCCCACCAGAAGGUGAUCGACGAGCUGCAGCGAAAGCACCAGCGCGAGAUGGAGAACCUGCAGGAAGAGAAAGAGAGGCUGCUGGCUGAGGAGACUGCAGCCACCAUCGCCGCGAUCGAAGCAGUGAAAAAUGCACACCGCACAGAGCUGGAGAGGGAGCUGGACAAGGCACGCAAAGCUAACUGCAAUGCGGAGAACGCCGAUAUCGAGGAAAUCCAUAGGCUACACGAUGAGGAGCUGUGUUCCUUCCACCGUGAGAUCGAGGUGCUGUCAGAGCAGUAUUCUCAGAAGUGCCUGGAGAAUGCACACCUGGCCCAGGCUCUGGAGGCUGAAAGGCAGGCACUGAGGCAGUGUCAGCGGGAGAACCAGGAGCUCAAUGCGCACAACCAGGAGCUGAACAACCGCCUUGCUGCAGAGAUCACCAAACUGCGGUCGAUGACCAGCGACGAGUCAGGCGACGCCUGUCCCAUGAUCCAGGGAAAGGAGCUGUAUGAGCUGGAGGUGAUGCUGCGGGUGAAGGAGUCGGAAGUACAGUACCUGAAGCAGGAGAUCAAUUCUCUGAAAGACGAGCUCCAGGCAGCCCAAAGAGAUAAGAAGUAUGCGACUGAUAAGUACAAGGACAUAUACACGGAGCUGAGCAUUGUGAGGGCCAAAGCAGAGCGUGAUCUGGGCCGGCUUCGGGAGCAGCUGCAGCUUGCCCAUGAGGCAAUGGGAGAGCCCUCAAUGGAGGAUAUGGAGCGCAGUGGUUAUGACAUCAUGAAGUCCAAAAGCAACCCGGACAUCCUCAAGAUGGCUGCCGCGGCCGCCAAACGUUCAGAGCGCACAAUGAGGUCAAAGUCUGCGAAUCGUGACAUGCCCUGGGACAGCUAAGGCUGCCUGAAGACCUAUUGACUUCUCCUUUAGGUAAAUCCUAUGGAAAAAGACCAAUGCCUGUAGCAGAGAUCUGAGGAUCCAUUUUCUGGCUGCUUUUUGGCGGUUGCAUUUUGGAAAUAAUAUGCUUGGUUCAGUGUUUUAUUGCUGAACACCAAGUUUCCCCCCAUUUUCCUGUAGCUACUGUGUACUGGAUAUCAUUCAGUACAGGUUUUGUUUUGGAUUGCCAUAUCAGUACCAACCGCAUGUGUCCACAUUUGAUGCUGCGUCUCAUCAAAGUCAGUCCAUUAUUUUCUUGCAGAAUGCUAUUCAUCGGGAUUAGGAGUGCUAUUUCAGCAGCCAGGCUUUUCAGUCACAGAAGGCUGUCACUAAAUCUGGUCUGAGGGUCACACUGGGUCACACCUUGGACCGUUUGGGCUCACGGGUGUGUAGCCACCGUGUGCCUCCACCCCUCUUACAUUAUGUGCUCCCCAGAAAGAGCCAGUGUGCUGUCUCAGGACCUGGUUUCGUUCUGUCUAAAAUAGCACAUUCCAUCCUGACUCAGAAAGGGCUCCUGUGGCGUGUCGAGGCUGGGAGAAGCACCAUUGUGUUUAAGAGGAUAAGAGGAGGCCGUGGUGUUUUGUUGAAAUUUGCACAAGGUGUACGUGUGGUUUUUGAGGUUUUCCCUCACAUCUCACUAUUUCGCUCAAGUGCACUCUUUGACUAAAGCACACUGAAUGUAAUGUUACAUGUGUAUGUCUUUUGCUGUGUUUAAGCUAUUUCUAGGUAAAGGUGAAAGGUAAGGAGCAACAAAGUGGCAUGCAAUCAACAUUUAAGCGACUGUAUCUCCCUAACAUUUAUAGUGCAAUUUUGCAUACUGUGGCUCAGGCUAAACAUAUAAUGUGAGUGCAAGUAAUAAAAGCAGAAUUCAGUGAACAUCGUACAUUAGGUUUACAGUAUGAGGGAGUGUGCAUGUGCAGAUCUGAGCAUCACUGGCUGUGAUGUAUUCUUAAAUAUGUAUUCUCCUGCAUUAUGAUUGUGACUGAAUUAAGCAAGUGACAAAAUGGUAGCAAAGCUUAAAGCUUAAAGCCUGCUUUCUAUGGAAAUAUAUAUAGACUUGAAAUAUAUAUAUAGGUCUAACAUCUUACAGUAUUUUUACAUUCGCAAAGUGAGAUUCAGAAAUAGUGGAGUUCAAGACCAUUUUGUUUUGAUUCACUACAUUUAUAAACAUUUGAAUGCUAUUGUGUGAACAUUAUAUGCAUAGCUGGGAUAUAUAUUGAUGUCAAAUGUGAAUUUUGAAAGAACAUGUCGACUCAGUAAUCACUUUAUUAUUUAGACCUGUACACCAGCUUGUUAAUGCAAAUAUUUAAUCAGCCAAUCAUGUGGCAGCAACUAAUUGCAUAAAAGCAUGCAGACGUGGUCAAGAGGUUCAGCUGUUAUGGAGACCAAAGGUCAGAAUUGGGAAGAAUUGUGAUCUAAGUGACUUUGACCGGAAUAAUUGUUGGUGCCAGAUAGGGUGGUUUGAGUAUCUCAGAAACUGCUGAUCUCCUGGGAUUUUCAUGCACAACAGUCUCUAGAGUUCGCAGAGAAUGGUGCAGAAUAAAACUGCAGUUCCAGCAGUUCUGUGGGGAGAAUUUUUAUGUCCCCUUUAUAUAUACUACAAUUUAAGAUGCAACAUCAAGUCGAUGUAAACCUUUGUAUGUACAGUUUAUAAUUCUAAUUCAAUUCAAUUUUAUUUUGGCAACUGAUAUAUGUACCAUGGAUUACUUAAAAUUUGCAUGUGGAAAUGGAUUCUUAGCAGUUCUUACUGUGCUGGUUUUACACUGUUCCUUUACCUGGAAGUCAGGUGUAAAGUCAGUCUUGCCAAUCAGUAGCACUAAUUAGCUGGGGAAAAAAGGAAACCAGGGCUGGAUUUGGAUUUGAGGGCCAGAGUUGAUUACCCCUGGUAACAGUUUCUGCAUAAAUUCCUCAGCCUAAUCUACUUGUUUCUGCAGGCAGUAUUACAUUUGAGCUAGAGACAAAGUAGUAGGCAGGAGAUAGUAGAACAGAGUGGUGUACUGUAGAUAACAAAUAUAAUAUCAUCUAAUACAGUGUGCCAUUGUGUCCAAGUGUUUUACUGUUUUUGAAACUGCAGGAUGGACAUGUUCAUAAUUACUGAUGCUGUUUUAUUUGUGUCUUUCACUUUAGAGUCUUAAGGAGGGCCUGACUGCUGAGCAAAGACUCCAUUUGUUCGACAACAAGGACACUAAGGAGUUUUAACAUAUACAAACUAUGUCAACCAGUCUUGCUGCAUGUUUUGAGACACACUAUAUUUUAGCCCAGUAAUUAAUCGUCUAGAAACACACUGGUCACAUAAGUCUUAUAUUAAACAUGGUAUGGAGUUUUUGAAUUUUUUGUCUAGAAUCUGCAUUUCAUGCACUUCAGUUACUGUGACUUUUUUUUCAUUGACACGUCUUACUGUAAAUAUUCUAUAUUGUUUUUAAUGAAGCAUCUAUAAUGUGUAUUCUAAACAUUACUGUGUAAGCUACUGUUAAACAUGCUCUUAGUAUGUGUGAAUAGCCAAAGGAAUAAGUCUGUAAUGGCAAAACAUGACAACAUUGAUCACUGAAUAUUACUUAAUAGUCAGCAGUAAAGGUGUUCUUGCCUUCAUCCCACUGUGUAUAACGGUAUGUUUGGACGGUAUGCACAUUCUAAUGCUUCCUUCCAUUGCCCUUAUUGCAGGUGUUUGCAAGCUUUAGGAAUAAUAUUUCAAAGUGAAACAUGUGGCUGCAUCAUCUUACAAGUUUUACUCGACUAGGUUGACCCUUGCUUGUUUACCCGAGUAUUGUUGGCUUGUGCAUACAUGGUGCCUAGAAAUGUAGUGGAAGCUAUAAGAGGGAAAAUAAAAUAAGGACUCAUGAAGGCAAUGGCUGAAUUCACAUGGAUUGAAAUUGUUGGUAUAAUAUAUAAAUUUAUAUAUAUUUUUUCCUUUCUGUAAUCAUAAUGGUUUGCUCAGCUGUGUGGGAGUACAUUUUUUAAGUUGGAUGUUUGUAGUGUCCUUCAUUGGCAGUCCCUUUGUAUUUAUUUGAAUGUUUUGGAUUUUUGUCACACGUUUUCAGUACUCUACUCUGUCAUUGUAAAUAUACAGCAAAUGUACACCAACUGACUACAGGUUUAUUAGCAAUAAAUAUUUUUGCACCCUGA